CACUUCUGGCAUACAAACAGUGAACGUUGCCGGAUGAAGGACUUGUUCUUCCUUCUCUUGGAGUAAUUCUGCCGCUGCCUGGAGCCUGGCUGUGUCUGCAAGGGGACGGAGCUCUCCCCUGCAGGUCAAUCCCUCUGCUUCAAGCCUCACCUGGGCUGCUGCCAGCUCUUGAACCCUGACCCUGAGGCUCUGUGAGUGACUGCUGCUCUGGGCUCACUGGGUCCCCAAGAUGCUCAGCCAAGACUCCACGAGAGAGCUCUGCCCUCUGAAGGCCCUCAGUGCUCUGUGAGAUGAUCGUCUCUGUGGAGCCCAGGAGAGCAGCUUGAAAACCACCAGGCACCGGUGACUGGCAUCAAUGCCCACCCCCAGCACCUCCUGUCUGCCUGCUCCCACAUUUGGGAAAGAAGGGGAGCUUGACUUUGCGGGGUGACUGGCCUGGAAGCAGAUGCCAGCUGCCGGCAGUAAGCAGUGUCCUUUUGGAAUCCCCAGGCUGGGUCUUGGUGGCACUUCUGCCGUCGUUUUGCUCAAAAUGAUUUGUCUCUCUGGGGACCUGAGCCACCUGCUGGUCUCCCCAGCCGAGCCGCCCGCCCACCCUCAGGGACCAGCCCUCAUGUAGCCAUCGGCCUGGUGCUCUGUUUGUCUGAGUGGCUGCUGGAUGAAGUAGCACCUGGACGGACAGACAGGCAGACAGUGGGGAAAAAUCCCAAGGAGCUAGCUGCGCCCGGCUGGAAUGGCCCAGGAGUCGGUGUGGCCCGGGGACCGGGGAGCGGCCCCUGCUGGCUGGCAGUGCCGGCUGGGCGGAACCGGGAGGACCUGAGGAGAUGCCCCUGGGAGCAGGCACUGGCCCCGGCUGUCUCUGAGCCCCAUGGCCCAGCCCGGCAUGACGGUGCGGCCAGCACUCCUGAAGCGGAGCAGCCUGGAGUCGGUGGAGCCGGAUAGGCCCCCUCAGCACCGCAGGAGCAGGUCCCAGCAGGUGCGCUUUAAGGAAGAUGGGGCUGUCCCCAUGCCCUCAGGUCCCGCCCUGACGGGUGGGCACUGCCACCUCCCCGCCUCCUACUCACUCUCCUUCCCCAGGACCCUGGGGACUGGGGGCUUGCUGGACGCGGCCGUGCAGACCUCCCCAGGUCUCAGGAAGCACUGCCCGGCCUUCAAGAGGCGGCGGCUCAGGGCCAGCAAGUCCCUGGUAGAGAUGCCCGAAGCCUGCGGGCCUCAGCCCAACGGCGGGCUGUGUGAGCGGGACGUGGUGUCCACCGGGCUGGCCUGUCUGCGGCUGGCCGGGCAAGUGGAUGAUGGGCCUCGUGUGACUGGGGCAGCCCACCCUCUGCCCCCCGGCGUGCCCAGAGCCCAGAGCAAUGGGCCGGUCAGCAUAUGUCUGGCGGCAGGGGUGUGGAGGCCCCCCGGCAUAGCAACAGCGGCCACCCAGGUCCCCGAUGAAGAUGCUUAUCACAGCCCUCCCUGGGGCACUCAGGAGACUUCUUGCAGCCCGGCUGAGAUGGUCCGGGUCGGCACUCCUACACCCCCUCCGGCUGAACCCUGUCCAGGUGACCAGAGAGGAGAGUCUACCCUAGACUCGCAGAGCCCCCCCUCCUGCCCCAAUGCCACCAGCAGUGCCAACCACAAGCGGGGCACAGGGAAACUCAAACCCCCAUCAGUGCUUCUGCCCAAAGACAACCCCGGCGGCCAAGACCUGGAACCCUCGUCCUCUCAGCUGAAGGCAACCUGUGUCUCCUCACCUCCACCGAGGACUCGCAGCUCUCCCCCGCCCGGGCCCCCCAGCCAGCCAGCCCCCCCAGGGGGGGCUUCAGACUGUCCCUCAUUGAGCAGCCCCCACAGGGACCGGCGGUUACCUAGGCAGAGUGGAGUGUUGCAGGGGCCUGCCCCCCAGUGUCAGGAGCAGACGUCCAGGAACCCCACCCGACCGGACACCCCAGAAAUCCUCAACUGCCCCAGAGGUGGGCGACCCCCAUGCCCGCUGCCCAGGCCAGGGGGCCGGCUCCAGGGCCACAGGGAGGCGGGGGACGGCCACCCCCUGCACCUGGCACGGGGAGAGCUCUGUGACCUGCAGGGCCGGCUACAUUCGGUGGAGGAGUGUUUGCACGCCAACCAGGAGAAGAUCAAGGUCCUGCUGAACGUGAUCCAAGACCUGGAGAAGGCGCGCGCGCUCACCGAGGGCCGCAACUUCUACCGAACUGGCCAGGAUCUCAACAACUGCAGCACCUGCCAGAACACAGCCUGCAUCAUAUACAGCGUGGAAUAUGACUUUCGGCAGCAGGAAGGCCGGUUCCAUGAGGUCCUGCAGACGCUGGAGGAAGCCGAGCCCACAGAGGAGGCCUCGCCACCAUCCCAGCUCCUGGCAGAAGCCCCUGCCCCGGAGAAACAGGACUUGAGGCGGAAAAGCAAGAAGGUGAAGAAGAAAUGCUUCUGGUGGAUCUGAGCUUGGUGGGGGCGUUGCCUCUGAUGCCUCUCUUACCACUUGGGGCACCCGCCCCUCAGGCCCUGUCUGCCUCUUAGCAAAGGCCCUUGGUCGUGAGCUGUGAACCUCAAACAGGAAAGGCUCAGUCUGGCUGAGUGCCACGGGACACCUGAGCAGCAGCCUCCAGUGAGCGAGCUCCACAGCUUCCUGAGGACUCGUGACCCUGGGUGACCAGCUGCCAAGUCCCAGGCUGCACC